AUGGCUUCGGGCCCAUGUGUCGAGCCUUGCGCGAAUCCUCCAAUGCAAGAGGUGCAAAUCGAAGAGCAGAUCGUUGAGGUUCCCACGGUGUUGUAUCAGGAAAAAGUGGUGGAGGUGCCCAAGAUACAGGAGACGAUCCUUCUAAAGCAAGUUCCGCGGGUUGAGGUGCAGGAAGUGACCAAGGAAGUGGCGAGACCAGUCUACGAGGUCACUGAGAAGAUCGUAGAAGUACCCCACGUCUUGAUACAGGAGCGGAUCGAGGAGGUUCCGAAGAUCGAGUAUGUGAACCUGGUGAAACAGAUCCCCAAAACUCAAGUGAGGGAGGUGCAAAAGCAGGUCGGUGUGCCGGUCUACCAGUGCCGGGAACGAGUGGUCGAGGUUCCCACUGCAAUGGUUGCUGAGCAGAUGGUCGAGGUCCCCCAAGUUCAUGUCGAGGAGCUUGUGAAGGAAGUGCCGCGACCGGAGGUGCAAGUCGUGGCGAAGCCCAUUGAAAAACCAGUCAACGAGUAUGUGGAGAGGGUUGUGGAGAUUCCACAUACGACGAUUCAGGAAUGCAUCGUCGAGGUGCCGAAGGUAGAAGUGCACGAGCUGGUGAAGCAGGUUCCUCGGCAUGAGGUCCAAGUGGUCGACAAGCAGGUGGAGACGGUGGAAGUUCAGUAUGUGGAAAAGGUUGUGGAGGUUCCGCACAUCAUCUACGAGGAGAAGAUCGUGGAAGUGCCCACCGUAGAAGUUCGCGAGGUGAUAAAGCAGGUUUCCAAGCCCGAGGUGAAGUACAUCGAGAAGCGGGUCCCCAAAAAGAUCGUCAAGUACGUGGAGAAGGUUGUGGAGGUUCCGCAGGUCAUCUAUGAGGAGCGAGCGAUAGAGGUCCCGGAAGUCAUCAAUGUGGAGGCUGUAACGCAGGUGCCUCGACCACACGUCCAGUACGUCAAGAAGGAGGUUCCCAAGGUUGUUCUGCAACCACAGGAGAAGGUCGUUGAGGUGCCUGUGACACUGACGCAGGAGCGCCCUGUCGAAGUGCCCCAGGUCCAGAUUGCAGAAUUGAUGGUGCAGGUGCCCAAACCUGAGGUAGAGAUGGUGGACAAAGAGGUGCCGAAACUGAUCCUUCAGCCAGAGGAAAGAAUAGUUGAAGUUCCCCAGGUCUUCUACGAGGAGAGAUUACGGCACGUGCCACAAGUUCAGAUAGCUCAGGCAGUGAAGGAGGUGCCGAACUAUCAGAAGCAAGUUGUGCAGAAGCACGUGCCCAAGAUCGUUGAGACCAAGGUGGUCGAGAAGGUCGUACCGGUGCCAGUGAACUUGGUUCGAGAGACUGCUGUGGAGGUCCCAAAGGUGGUGCAGCACGAAGUGAUUCGACAGCAAGCUUCUGGUCCAAUGCAGCAGAGGAUCAUCCAGACAGGCCGGCAGUAUCAGCGAACCGCGACGAAGGAGGAAGUCGUUUCUGGAACGGCAGAAGCUGAGCAUGGAGGCAUUUAUGAAGCUCCUGUGGCUUCUGUGCGCCAGAUUGCUCUCCCGAGCCAUGAAGUGGAAGUUUCCGCCGUCGUCACGGAGCAUUCCGUGUCCAAUGAGGCCCCAGUGGUGACCACGGUGAACCUCGCACCCAACUAUCAGCAGGAGCCUGUUGGUCAAGCCAUUGGCCAGACUGGUUGGAUGUGCCAGACGGUCGGCCCCAGAAUGGUCCAGCCCGUCCAGACGGUCCAGCCCGCGACUUCUGGUUUCCUUCAGCUUCCAGGGGCGUGGCAAGAGGUCCGGCUUCUAGAGCAGGACCGCGGUGCUGCGCGUGCUGUCGCUACAUACACUGGCGCUGCACGUCUUGGCACUGCGGUACCUGGCCCCGUGACGGUCCUCGGAUCCCGCGAAGUAGCUGCGACUCCGCAGACACAGGUUGCAACUCAGGACUUGUCUGCGAUCACCACCUCGCGUUCACUGGAAGCGGUCUCUUGUGCCAACUGUGGAAACAUCUACAUGUCGGAUUCCAACUUCUGCCGGAAGUGUGGCCUUCCGCGACCUGGUCACGACCUCCAGGCCGAGCCCGUGGCAUCGGCACAGUCGACGCUGAUGACUCAGCCACUGCCCUUUCAGCGCUAG